UAUUUGUCUUCUGUCGUGGUCUUUAAAGUGUGAACAAGGGAGGUAAUAAUAAUAAUAUUAUUAAAUACUAGCUGGGCAAUGUAGCUCUAUGUAGUUGUUUCGCUUCUUCAUAUCUAUCCUAUCCGUUCUCCAUACCGUACUUAUCGAUCAAUUUGAUUCAUUCGAAUAAACACUUUCAUUUCCUCAAGAACAGACUUACAACUAAUACUAAUUGGACAAUUUACUCGACCCCAUCACUACCUACCUACGGUCACUAUAUUCACUAAUUUCAUUGCAUCUUCUUCUCAUUCAUUCAUUUGCUCUUUUGGAAUCUCGACAGCACUAAUCGGAAUGGACUGUGGCGGUAACUAUCAAUAACGACUUGCAUUCCAUGGAGACUAUUAUAGACGAGGACUCCCCGCUCGCCGCCUAUCUCGAAGGUAUGCAGGAAGAGGAUAAAUGUGUUGCAGGUGACGCAUGAGUGGGGACUUACUGACAUGUUACCAUAGGAGAAGGUGGAGAGGACACACGAUGGGCAUCAAGCCACGAGGGGGAUGCGGAUUCUGAUUUGUCGAGUCCAUCGUUUGCUCCACGGGGCAAACCAACCGUACCUCUUAAAUUUCGACAUAAGCUUCCUCCACCUUUGCAGCUCACUCCUUCACGCAAUCCUACCGUCGCUGCACUACAUGAUACCUGUUCCGUGAGUCGUCAUUUGGUCCUUAUCAAAUCCUUAUCGUCUGAUAAAUAAUCGCAGAAAGCCGUGAACUCACGACUCGGUCGAGCCGACAAUGCAAAGUUUCUGGAGCGAUUUCGAUAUGUUAUAGUAGCUUCGCAGCUUCUCAAUACAGAUUCCUUCCUUGGCCAGGCCGGUCAUGGCCAGUCUCGCGAUGCCACCGGACCUACACUCGAUGCCCCACAACUUGGUCCCUUUACUCUCUCGGGCGCGGCAGCCACAGCAACACUUGCCUUUUCUUUUACAUGGUUAAUACACUGGACCCGCGGGAAUGGCUCCUUUAUACAUGGGAAAAUUCGUGUGAUAGUACUAUCUACUGCGAUAGUAGGAUCUGCGAUUAUCUUAUACACAUAUAUGCGGAAGCAAUGGCUUCAAUACCUUCGGCAGCAAUCUAUCCUGGGAGCGUCGCAAUUCGUCCAUAAAGCGCAGGAGUUCGAUGCUGUUGCAGCAGCGGCCUUGACACUCGUUCAGGAGGUUGAACUAGUAUCUCGUGGUUAUAGACUGUAGGAUCCCCCUAGCAUCCAAAUUCCUGGCAAAAUUAACGCCCUAGGUAGAAGCACGCCCUUACCUCCCGUCAGCCGCCUCGAAGACCGAAGUCAAACACGAAGAUGUACACGGCUUCGCAAGAUCCUUCGAAUUUCCUUUGGCAACAUUAUCCCUCGCUAUGUUCAAGCAUGCAACCUAUUGAAACCUUUGGCGGAAGAAAUGGAUCUGGAUAAAUACUAUGAUGUAUACGACAUAAGUGAUCUGGAUUACUCCGAAGCUAUGUUAGGCUACACAGCGGGCGAAUUUGAGGAUGAGGAAUCUGUCAGGGUAUUGAAGAUAUUUGCUGCUAGAUUUCAUACCAUUCGAAAGAUUCUCCUCUGUUGUCUACUCGCAUUUGAUGCCCAUGGCGGUAAACCGGAUUUCCAUCGAUGGGGGCUUGCCGUUGACGAAUUACAUACCCUUUGCUCAGUUACGUCCGAGGCCGAGGAUAAAUUACGUCGUAUACUAAGCGAAGAAGAAAGUAGGUCGAAAUACAUCCAUUAAUAUUGUUCAAAUCUAAUAUGCUAUAGGUUUUCCAGUUCCGACUACUCCAAAAUUACCCCUUACUCCAGGUCGAGAACGUGCGCGGGCACAAUUACGCAAAUUAAAUACGUUGUCAUCUGGGAUUCGUGGUUUACAAGCGAAACUGCACGUUUUGCGCGAAGAGUCGGAUAAAUCAUUGAACGAUACAGAAGACGUAUCAGAGCUUGGUUCAAAUUUGAUGAUGCAAUACGAUUCGAUAGGUAUCGACCUCAAAGCGUUAAUGCAAGAGUGGGAAGAUGGGAGAGCUGCAUUGGCAAUCAAUAUCGACAAAACGAAAACGAGUAUCUUCCAUGUGGGGAAUGACAUCACCGGCAUCGUCCCUGGGAGGUCUUACUGCUGUUGAAGAGGGAACAGCGGCUGACGCUUUGAGGGCCCUAAACGGUGAGGGCAGGUCGGAAUCUAGCCUCGAAAUGAGUGGUUCCGAAGUAGAGGAGGUAUUUGAAGCAGUUGCGAUACCGCGCCAACGGAGCAAGUGGACGAGGGAAGAACGAAUUUUAAAGAUGAAGGAAGAUCGUGUCAAGAGGGAGUCUAUGAGGGACCGAACGGAUGCUAAUACUAAAAUGCUCCGAGAACUGGAGUCUGUAAUUAAUUUACGGCCAAGACCAAGAACAACUCCAGCGGGGAGAAUUACGUCGAUAUGAUACUAUGUUUAACGUUCACUUUACAAGUUUUAAAUAGACAUCCUUGGGUUGGGUUGAAAGGCAAAGGAGUUCUGGAAGACGGACUCUCAAAAUGCUUAGAACAAUUACAUAGGAAAGCGCUGAUCCCGGCGCACAAGGAGUUGGCAAGUCCUAAACCUAGGUAUCGAUUACUAUCUAGAUCUGUAGUGGCUUGGAAAUGUAACAUUGUAAAAUAGACCCCGUCGAUCCAAUAUGAAGUCACCAAGUGAAUUGACACGGCGCAUAAAUAUAUGGUCCCGGAUGAGUUCAAGUACGGC